AUGUCCAAAAACACCUCUUCAUCACUCUUUUCGAAUUUCACUCUUGACACAUCCACUCGUACGGACUGUUCUUCCUUCACACCACAACAAAAACACACCCCAUCGGAAAAGAGUUACCAUCCAAUCAUCAUUCGAGAGCAAGUGCAGGUGUCGUCGUCUCCACCACAUGAGGAAUCAUCUCCACCGCAACUUCAUUCAUUUCAAUUUCUCAUCACUCACACACAAGGAUUUGAACAAAUUGUAAAGAGUGAAAUUCAAGCGGUUUUUCAUGAAGGAGUUGAAAAAGAUUGGUGGUAUCAUGGAUUUGAGCCUUCUGUGAAUCUAUUCGAUUAUCCAACCACUGCUAUGGCAAGAUUGUUGAAAACAAAAAAUUCGAAAUUACAAAAAGGAAAAUUGAAAACAUUAACAUGUGUACAUGGAAAGAUACAUUCCGAAGAGGGAUUUGAAAUGACAAUGGAUGUGAAUUUUGCAGAAUUAUUUCACAUGCCAGAAUUUUUAUUUUCACACAAUGAGCUUUUAAUUUUUAAUUUGGUUGGAAAAUCGGAAUACUCUCGUGAACAAUUUAUGGAACAUAUUUCACAAUUUGUUUUACAUUUGAAUGCAUUGCCUUCUGUGGAUUGUGUGUAUUCCUUUAUUUCACUCGUUCCAAACAUUCCACUCGACAAGGAAAGUGCAUUUUCAAAAUUUAAGAAUGAAAUUCCAUAUCGUACUCAAGAUGAGAUGGCAUGGAAGCAAUCUUUUGAAUUAUUUCAAAAAUUAUAUACCAAGAAAUUUCCAACUCAAGAAGUAUUAUUUUCAGAAAAUACUAAAUUUAGAGUGACUGCUAUUCGAAAACAAUCACAUCAAGUCCGUCAUUCGUAUUCAUCUGUAGAGAUUGCUUCAGAGUAUGGCUAUGGAAUUGGACAACAUAUUUGCAAGAAUAUGCGUGUGAAUUUGAAGAAAUUUGAUAUCGAUAUAUUAAUUUAUUUGGACACUGAUCGGGCAGUUACAGCUUUACUUCUCUCGCCUCCUUUUCAUUACUUACACGAAUAUGGACUUCGACAUUUCUCAGAUGAUACCAGAAGUAGUGAUGGUGGUGGUGAAUCUGACAGUGUAGAAAAUUGUACCAACCAUUCUCAGAGUGCAUCUCUGCAAAAUUUUCCAGAGCUCGAUCUCAUUUACUAUUACACGAAACAAGAUUUUCGGUUGAGUUAUGGAAAAUCCACCCUCAAACCUCAAACAAGUUACUUGUUGUGGAAAACUUUAUUAAUGCAAGAUGCUUCUUUGUGUGAAAAGGCCUUCUCUUCCAAACAUCCUUCGAUUUGUAACGUUUUAGAUCCAUUUGCUGGUUCAGGAACUCUCUCACUCUCUGCAAAUUAUUUCUUUUUCAACAAGUCUCCCAAGAUACAAUUAUUCAAUUUGGAUUGCUCAUCCGAUGAGACAAAUGUCAUGAAUCAUAAUUGCAAACAUCAUACAAAUAUUCACAUUCUGUUAAGUGACUCUCAAAGCAUUCCAUUCAAAUCUCAAUCCAUUGAUGUUGUUCUCUCAGAUAUGCCUUUUGGAGUGUUGUGUGGAAGUCAUUCAAGAAAUGCAAAAAUUUAUCCCAAAGUUGUGAAACAAUUAGAACGUAUCAUCAAACCUGAUGGAAUUCUAUUCCUAUUGACCAUUGAAAAAACACUUUUGGAAGCUCAAUUAGCUGCUCGAAAUUUCUGGGAAAUUAUUGAUCGUAAAAGUGUUUCACUUGGGGAAUUAGGAAGAGCCAUGCAAGCCACUAUUUAUAUCUGUAAAAAAAAAUCAAAAUGA